UGUCUCCACCAGAUAUAAUCCAGAUUCAUCCAGAUUCAUCCAGAGCAGCUUAGAGCAGAUUCGAGCUUUGCUUAUUCUUUAGACACACCACAACUGUUUCUAAAUGGCUGAAAUUCUUCGUACUCCCUCAAAACUAGAGAGAAAGAUCCAUAGAGCAUGUCGAGCCAACGAACCUGAUUUGGCCUUGAAUUUCGAAAUUGCUGAUUUGGUAAAUGAAAAACAGGGCUCCUAUCCUCGUGAAGCUUCAAUUACUGUUGUUAAAUUAAUUAAUAGCAAAGACCCCUUUGUUGCUGUCAAUGCUUUAAGUUUAUUAGACGUUUUAGUUAAAAAUUGUGGGUAUCCAUUUCAUUUACAAAUCUCCAGAAAGGAAUUCUUAAAUGCUUUGGUAAAAAGAUUUCCCGAAAGACCUCCAUCAAGAUACUCAAAGCCACAAAGAGUUAUUCUAUCUUAUAUUGAAGAAUGGACUCAAACUUUAUGUAAAAACUCAAAAUAUAAAGAUGAUUUAGGUUUUAUCAGAGAUAUGCAUCGUUUAUUGGCUUAUAAAGGCUACAUCUUUCCUGAAAUUAAAGAUCAAGAUUUUGCUGUCUUAAAUCCAUCUGACAAUUUAAAAUCAAUAGCAGAAAUUCAAAAAGAAGAAAGAAUUGCAAUGUCUGCUAAAUUGCAAGAACUAAUUAGAAGAGGUAAACCAAGUGAUUUAAAAGAAGCAAAUAAAUUAAUGAAAAUCAUGUCCGGUUUUCAAGAUGAUGAUUCUUUAGUUAGCUCAAAACAAAAAGUAGCUGAAGAUUUACAAAAAUUGAAAACUAAAGCAGAAAUCCUAAACGAUAUGUUAACUAAUUUCCAAUCCACCUCAAAUAAUGACCAUUCAAACAGCUCUCUUGAAACAAUGAAUGAACUAUUUAAUUCAUUGAAAGUAGCUCAACCAAAAAUUACAAAAUUGAUUGAAGAAGAAAGCUCGGAUGAAGAAGCUGUCUCAAGAUUAAUUCAAUUAAAUGACACCUUUAAUUCUUUGACCACAAAAUUCGAAUUAAUAAUGAAAAAUGAUUUUGAAUCCGCAUCAAAAAUUAAUAUAAAUACUUCUAAUAAUAACAAUGUUCAGAACUUGAUUGAUUUUGGUGACGACGAUGAUAAUAAAGAUAACAAUAAUACCAAUACCAAUACCAAUACCAAUACCAAUAUCAACCCACAACAAUCCCAAAAUAAUGAUCUCCUAGAUCUAUUAGGCGAUUUGAAUUUAAAUGACAACAAUCAGCCAUCAACCUCGAUAUCAAACACUCAAAACUCACUAAAUGAUCUAUUUAAUCAAUCUGGGUCCGUGCAUUUAUCCAUGACUCCUCAAACAACAUCAAAUAACCAAUUCCAACAACAACAGCCUCGAACUUCGGCUUUUGACUCUUUGAAACAACUACAAACUUUAGACAUACUAAGUCAAAAACCUUUAAAUCAAGGUAAUCAAUUAUCCUUUCAAUUACAAAAACAACAAACAGCCCAAAACAAUUUGUUUGAUUUACUAUCGACACCUUCAACAACUACUCAAACAUCAUAUUCUAACUCUAACUCCGACUCUAUAAUAUCACAAGAAAUCAACCCUUCUGUGAAGAUAACUGCGCAUAAAUCCGAAAAUUUAAAAAUAGACUAUGAAGUUUUCCGUCAAAAUGAUAAUUUAAUAAAAGUUAAUGUUUUAUUUUCAAAUUUAUCUUUAUUCUCUCAAAUUAACAAUCUAACAAAUUUAAUUGCUGUCCCAAAAUCUUUAAAACUUGAUUUAAAUCCUCAAUCUAAUAAUUUUAUGAAGCCAUCACAAGAUAAUGGUAUUACGCAAAUUUUUACUGUAACUAAUGUUAAACCAAAUAGUCCUGUUAAAAUUAAAUGGAAAUGCAAUUAUAUAAUUAAUGGUCAAUCCAUUGAAGAAAGUGGUGUUAAUACUUUACCUUUAAUUUAAAUACAAUUUUUGUCUAUUGGAAUGUCAUUAAGCUCCCAUUUUUUUUUUUCUUUUGUUCCUUCCAUAAUUUUUUUUUAUAUUUAAAUUUUUUUUUGAACUUUUUUUCUCGUUCAAUAAAUCUAAUUAAAUUAAUUUUUUUUUCCAAAUGAAGAAUCUUAAAAAAAUAAAAAAAUAAAAAAAAACUCCUUAACAUAGUAAAUUUACUUGUAGAUAAGCAAAUGAAAAAUCAAACUAAUGAAUCAUUUUUUACAAAAAUUGUUUGUUAAUUGAUUACUACAUCAAUUGAAAAUUCAUCUUCUAAUUCA